AUGCGUUUCCUUAUGAUCUCUUUUGUGAUUCUUGUGUUUCAUAUACAUAUAGUGCAUUUGUUGGAGAAAGUAGAACGUAACUGUAAUUGUGUUUUGAAUGACAAGGUUCUGCUGAAACGUGCGACUUUACUUUCAAAAUACGUGUUCACAGGGAAGGUGUAUAGUGUGAAUUAUAUUAAUAAUACGAGAGUGUAUAAAGUUAAUAUACGGAGGGUUUUGAAAGGGGAUUUGAAUGAUAUUGGAGUGACAGUUCGGUUUGAACAACCUAAAUCGUUGAGGUUUAGUGAUGCGACAGUGUUGGUGCACAGUUUACGGUCUACGGAAUGUCGCCCUAUGCGCGUACGCACGUAUGCGAUAUUUUUGACGGAGAGGCGUGGUGAAGGACCAUUGAGACUGAAACUAGUCGUUGAACCCGUACUGCUGACUUUAAGGAAUCUUGCUGUUAUAGAAGCAGCGGUUAAAGGUAAGUUGAAAUGA